AUGAUUCCAGCAUGUUUCAGCCAACCCAGCACGCUCUCGAGCAAUACAUCUCAAGAGGUGCCUCAGAACCUCAUAACCUGCAUAUUCCAAACUCAGCUAUGUGGCUCUCCAACUUAUCUCACACUCACAUGGUCCAGAACCCUCUUCUCUCAUUCCCUCACCAUCCACGCCACCGACUUUUUCUCCAUCACCGUUUCUCUCCACCCAUCAACCUUCUCAUUCUUCCGAACUCGACCAGGCUCCAAAUCUAUUUACCUCACCCGCGGACGUCACAGGAGGAUCAAGCUUUACUGGGACUUCACUCGCGCUGAGUUCAUCCGUAACUCCGCCGAGCCCGAGUCCUGCUUCUACAUCGCCAUCUCAUGCAAUGCUAAGCUCGAGUUCUUUCUUGGUGAUCUUUUCGACGAGUUGACUCGGCGGUCCGGGUUGAUCAUGACACGCCAACUCAGCGAGCCAGCUCUGUUGUCCAGGCGGGAGCACGUGUUUGGACGCAGGAAUUAUGUUUCCCGAGCUCAGUUCUUGGGAAGCAAACACAAUUUUGGAAUUGAGUGUAGUGGGGGAGCGCUCAGAGUAAAAGUGGAUGGAGAAAUAAGCCUUGUUAUCAAGAGGCUUGCGUGGAAAUUUAGAGGGAACGAGAAAUUUUUCCUUGGAGGCAAUGAAGUCGAAUUCUUUUGGGAUGUAUUUAAUUGGGUCAAUGGCAAUGGUGGAAAUGGGUAUGGUGUGUUUGUUUUUCAAGUUGGUGACGGUGGAGUGUGGCCAGAAAUGGUAGGUCCAGAGAAGAGAUUGAUGGGGAAGAGUUUAUCAUUGUUGCCGGCGUCCGGUAAGAUGCUGUCGAUGAUAUCAUCGUUGCCGCCAACGCCAUCAUGUUCAAGUGUGCUGCAAUGGGCAGAGGAAAACAGUGAUGGUGGGAGGAGCUCAUCUUCUUCAUCUACUAGGUCAUGUGGGAGCAAUGGGGGGUUCUCUUUGGCGUUGUAUGCUUGGAGGAAGGAUUAG